AUGGCAUCACCAUCGCCGUUCUCCACCCAUCGCUUGUCGUGCAAGCGUCUGUCGCUGUCUCCGCCUGUGUGGAAGGAUCAGCUCCGCCAGCGCUGUCUGCAGCGUCUAAAGCGGGAUCGCGUUCAGAUUUUGGCCAAAAUACGGCACCUAAGUGCCUGUACGAGUGUCACGGAGGAGAUGCAGCGACUUGUAGCCCAUGAGCAGCACAUCUCGUCCUGUGCGUCUAUAGACGACCUGCUGCUGUUGGGAAAGAUGAAAGAGAGUGAAUACUUGGAAAUUAUUCAUGCACUUGAGGAUGCGCUAAAGCAAGACGAGGAGGAGGAGGAAUUGCAACACAUGGCCGACCUCGAAGAUGCCGAGCUGGAGGCUAUGCUGGCUGGAAUGGACCUUGAUGACGAGCGAAAGGAGCAGGGGAAAUUAAGCGAGAGUGGAUGUCGAGAUCUACAGGACCUUAUGACACAAGACAUUUCUGUGCUGUGUCCCCAGUGUAAGGCGGGUUAUUUAAGGGAGAAGACACUUAAGGGGGCAACAAUUCCCUACAUCGCGUGUAGCUGCGGCUUCACUUUUCACGUUAAGAAUGUAAACUAUGGCGUACUGAAGGAUUUUCAGGAAAAGAUUGUCAAUGCUUUUAUGACGCAUCGAGACUCGUGCUUCGCUGACCCGACAUUUGAAAAGGAGAAGGAAUCACGUAAAGACGGAGUGGACACCAUGUGCAUCAAGUGCACGCACUGCGGCUGCGACGAUGUGCUGUCUUAA